AGGUGCUAGAAGACCCCUCCUUGAUAGCAAGACUGGCAGACACUAAAGCUGCUGGGGAGACAAAAGCCUUACAGCAGUUCAUGACCCUUUUCGGAACCAACCCAGACCGCGCGUACUAUGGAAUCAAGCAUGUGGAGAAGGCCAACAAUUCACAGGCGAUUGAGACCUUGCUUGUGUCAGAUACGCUUUUCAGGUCAAAAGACUUAGACGAGAGGCGUAGGUACAUUCGGCUGGUGGACGAUGUGAAAGACAAUGGAGGGGACGUCAAAAUUUUCUCCAGCUUACAUGUGUCAGGGGAACAACUCGACCAAAUGAGCGGUGUGGCUGCCAUCCUCCGUUUCCCGAUGCCCGAAAUUGAGGAAGAGGACCAAGCGGAAGAGUCAGACGAGGAGUGAGGUGGAUUGCGGCACAAGGAAAUUUUUUUUUUUUCCCACGUUUUUCUUGAUUUCGAUACGAUAAAAGAUAAUCAAAUGGAUAAUAAACGGAAAUAGAUUUCUUCUCACUCUUUUUCUUUUUUCUUUUUUUUUCUAAUUUUAUUCUUUUUCUUUUUUUUGUUCUUUUUUUUUUUUUUUUUACAAAUUCUUAUAUUCUUAUACAUUUUUACUUUGUUCUUUAUUGUUUUCUUCCUUCUUUUUUUCCUCUUAAAUGUAUCAACAGUUUUUCUCAGUACAGCGACAGUUAAAUUUUUUGUUUUUUUGUUUUUUUGUCUAAAUGACGUUUACUUCUGUUACAAGCUCUAAUGUGUAUUUACCAAAUUAUUGCAUCCACUCUUGGUCUUUAAAUGCUUGAAUUAUAGUAAAAAAGAAAAAAAUAAGAGAGAACAGUAAACCAAAGUAUUAGUUUGCACUUCGCCACCUUUAAAAGUCCAUAAAAUCACAGUUUUCGACACUUAACUUUUUUUCUUUUUUUUCUUUUUUAAUCGCACCAUUGUGAUAGUCUGUAGUUGAUAAUGAGUGGGUUGUGAUUUGUUAUCAUUUCUUGCUUAUGUCCGGUGAAAGGCUUUGUUGUUUGAUCCAUUAUGGUAGCUCAGCCUUUGUCCUUGUGGAAGUUGGAAUUUCCCUCCCACCCUCUUGUGGUAGGAUUCACGACUCAUUUCUACAGCUUGAGACUGAAUGCGAGGACAAGCUAUGAGACUGAGGCAUGUGCGAGUGUGCGUGCAUCUUGCAGAUGAGUAAAAGGACCCUCCUUCACUCGGUGUUGAUGUUGCAAUCGCUUCAAAGGCUAAACGAUGAAAUAAUAAUGCCUUAACGUCAUCUGUGAACUACUCAGAUAUGAUCACAUACAAAUAUGAUCAUGUAUCAAUAGUUCAGUUGUGAAAGGGUAAAUAUUUUAAGAUAGUACCUAGGAUCUGUUCUUUCUACAUUUAUGAUCCUGUUAUGUACUUUCCAUUUAUUGUUAUGCAAAAAAAAACAAAAAAAAAGUGUAUGUUUGUACCUUUGUUGAGGUAUGUAUAUGUUGGUGGUUUUAACACAUUGUGGCAGUGGAUAUUUACUUCAUAAAUAUACAAGGCAAUCAGGAUUAGUUGCAAUUUUUUUUUUCUUUUCUUUUUGUUACAAUUUGUAAAUUGAUGUCUGUGGCCCUUUUAUUUCAUAAAUACCAAAUGAUCUUCAAUUUGUUGGAAGAUAAUAUUACUAUUAUUAUAUUUAUAUUAAAGAAGGACUUUGUAAGAAGGAAUAAACAUUUAGUCAAUAACUAAUCAUCAUAUUACCCCUGAUACUGGGAAUGCAUCUUUCUGACUGUUCUGUAUCAGAAUAGCAAAUAGUUAUUCUAGACAGUUUGAUGAAUCUAACUGUAGUUGACACAUUGAAGCUUAAAUAGAUAGCAAAAAAUAAA